AUGGCUAAUCGUCGUCGUCAUCACAGCUCCUCCGCUUUUCAGCUACCGGUACCCCAAGAUGACGAAAACCCACCACCUACCCCUGGCGGCAGUUCCUCCAGCCGCGACCCUGAUUACUAUGGAAUCCGAUGCAGAGCUGGGAAAUGGGUUUCUGAAAUCCGUGAACCAAACAAAUCAAGUCGUAUAUGGCUAGGCACAUAUCCAACACCGGAGAUGGCGGCGGCGGCUUAUGAUGUGGCGGCACUGGCACUCAAAGCAAGGGCGGCUGCAGCUCGAGCACCUACUAAAGAAAGUGGUGGUGGCAGCUCCACUGAGAUCGGAGCAACCCUUUCUUAA